AUGCUCGCAACGUAUAUUCUAGUGAUGGUGUGUGCGGUCACUUUCCAAGCCAGCAGUAGUGCUCUUCCUCCGGCCAAGACUUUAAAUUCUCUAGUUGAGAAGAAAACCCCAUCAGAUAUUACCAUCUCAGCUCAUGUGGGUGAUGUUCGGCUGCUGCGUGCCGACGACAAAGAAGAAGAGAUCGAGGAAGAGAGAGGUUUUGGGGGGCGCUUUGGUCGACGGUGUGAAAAAGCUGAACUCCAUCACGGCUACUAA